AUGGAUAGUAAUAUUAAAAAAAACCCAAACAAAAAAGACGAUAGGGAGUGGGAUGCGGACUCGGACUGCGAGUCCGUAUCCAGUGAGGAAACUGCGGGAGACUUCACAGUCCCCCGCAGCAAGAAGGACCACAGAGUCGAGGCCUUCCUCAAGAGGAAGGCGGACGACCUGGGGUCUUCCUCCGGUGGUCGCGGAGCUUCGGCCAAAAAGGCCGAUAGGAGGCUCGUUCGCGAGAGGGGCAACGAAGGAGACCACCAGAGCUCCUCUGAGGAGGACGCAUCGGCCUUCGGCUCUGACCGGGAGAGGAGGGCGGACUUCGCGAAGACAGUGGAGUCCGCCUUCAGAGAGGUGACCCUUAAGAGAAAGAAGGCCAAUCGUAAUAGCGCGAUUGAGGCCGCUACCGCCUCCAUCACCGCUGCAGCGGUGAGCAACUUUGGCUUGGCUCCCAAGAGCGAGCUGGCCAAGUUGCAGGAGCAGGUAGCUCGCCUCACGGCCAACUUGGGGUCUCUCGUAGAGGAGAAUAGAUGUCUCCGGGCGAAGAUAGAAAGGAUGCGCGAGCAGGAGGCGGAGCGAAGCGGGGCCACCCCGCGGCAACCGCAGUCCUCUCCAGGGGAGAGCCAGGUUCUGGCCCUGGUUCGGCGGGAGAUGGCGGCCUUCCAGGCUCGCUUCUCCGUCUUGGAGGGCAGAGUUCUGCGCCCUCCCCUCGCGGCGCCGAAGCCCCAAGCAGCCCAAAGGGCCUCUUAUGCAGCUGCGGCAGCAUCGGCACCGAGCGAACCCCCCGCCGCGGCGCCGAUCGGACCGCCCAGGAGGGCAGCCGCCCAGCCGAAGCCAAAGGCUGCAACGGCGGUCCGGGCUCAGAGGACCCCGAUGCCACCCCCAGCACCGGUCCCAUCGUCAUCACCAGUGGCGAGACGCCCCCCAAAGCCGACUCCGUCAGCGACUACUUCCCCUCCCACUCAAUCCGAGUGGCAGGUGGUGGGGGAGAAGAAGAAGAGAGGGAAGGCGGCCAGAAAGAAAGCCCAAAGGCAGCGCCGCAAGGAGCGAGCCGUCGCGGCUCAACUACGCGCCCCUAAGACCGCGGCUGUGGUGCUCACACUACAGCCGGACGCGGUCAAGAGGGGCGUAUCGUACCGCGACGUGCUCGCUAAGGCAAAGGAGGCGGUGGACCUAGCUGAGCUGGCGCCACGCCGCACUGCACUGCAUGUGCGGCUGCUGGAAGGCCAGCCGAACACCGGGUGCAAGACCUGUACCCCACCCGUCAAGACCAGGGGCAAGGGUCGGCCGUCCAUCGUCGCCACAGCCGCCAUCUACGCGGUGGCCACUGCCGCAGCUCCCGCGGCCGCCGCCACCUCCGGCGAAGUCGCUGCUGCUGCUGCUGCCGCGGUGCCCGCUCCUGGGCCUGAAGAGGAGGAAGACGUGAUGGAAUUCUAA